AUGCGCGGCUGCCACCGAGCGCUCUGGAGGGAUGGCGAGGUCAAGAUUCUGCACUACAUCCUGUUGGAUAAGCCUUGGAAGUCGAGACAGUUUGACGAGGAAGCUGCGGUGCUGUCGCUGCAUGGUAUUUGGUGGCGCGUCUGGGAUGAGGUGGAAAGGGAGUGGACUACUGCGAGCGAGUAG